AUGAAACCGGCAACUUCUUCAGAAAGCAACACAUUUCAAGAACCUCUCUUUUGCAAUGCUUUGUUCCUCUUUCCCACCACUUUUCUCUUCUUCCUCCUCCUCCUCCCCUCUGUUACUUUCAUUCCCUCUCUUCCCCUCCGACAACCUCACCCUCUACGUGACGGACCUUCUUUCUCUCACAAAGCCAUCACUCUCACCACCCACCAACCCUCCUGCUCCUCCUCCUCCAUCGGCAGAGCCUUCUUCAUCUACCCCCUCCGUUUUCUUGACCCCCAAACCAACUCCACCGCCUCCUUCAUCUCCCGCUUCUCCUUCUCCAUCCUCUCCUCUCCCUCCUGCCCCUCAGGCGAAGGCCUCGCCUUCCUCAUUGCCUCUUCCACCCACUUCCCCGCCCUCUCCAUGGGCCUCCCCCAACCCUCCCCCAACUCAACCUCCUUCUUCGCCGUCGAGUUCGACACUACCUUCGACCCCUCCCUCGGCGACAUCAACGACAACCACGUGGCCUCGACGUCAACAAGCGCCUCUCCUUCGCGUUCCGUCGACGCCUUCUCUCCACCCUUCGCGGGCAUAAUGAACCUCAAGAAGUAUAUGCAAACUCAUCACAUAGCAUGGGUGGAGUACCGUCCAUGCAAUCAAGAUGGUAAGUUGUAUGCUCGCUUAUUAUUUUCCUCCACCAGACCGCUUCCACUCCCAUUCUUGUUUCUCAAAUAGACCUUCUCCGAGAGACUUCAAGACUUCAUGCACGUUGGUUUCACGGCCUCCAAUGGGAAGGGGUCCCAAGUGAUUACCUUGGUUCAAUCAUUGGCAGUUCACGACUUUUCGCGCCAUGACCUCCCUAGGGACGUCUCGCUCACAUGGACGUGAUCGAUGAAGGUGGGGGACUGUUUCUUGUGUUACGAAGGGGAUUAAAAGAUUAAGGAGAUGGCUCUUGGGGUUUGGGAGGGUUUGACGGCGUUUGUGGUGUCGGUUUUGGCGGCGAUGAUUGUGGUGUGGUGUUUUUCCUUGACAGGAAGAAACGGAGUUGUUGGAAGAACUAUGGAGCAAGGCAAGUUGUGGGUCUCGGACGAGUAAAGUCCGACUAGGUUGUCACUAUCGGAGAUUAAGUCUGCGACAAUGGGGUUUAAUCGUGACAGGCUUGUUGGGGAGGGUGCCUCUGCCAAGGUUUAUAAAGGGUAUCUUCCCUUCGGAGGGGAUGUGGCAGUGAAGAGAUUUCAGAGGCAAAAGGAUUUGAAUUGUUUGCACAACCCUUUUGCCACCGAGUUUGCCACCAUGGUGGGUUGCCUGCGGCACAAGAAUUUGGUUCAGCUUAAGGGGUGGUGCUGUGAGGGAAAAGAGUUGGUCCUGGUUUACGAGUUUCUUCCCAAUGGGAGCCUGAAUAAGGUUCUGCACAGGAACUUCAAUUCUUCCAUUGUUCUUUCGUGGAGGCAAAGGGAGAAUAUCGUUCUUGGGGUUGCUGCUGCUCUGACCUAUCUUCAUGAAGAGUGUGAGAGGCAGAUCAUUCACAGGGAUGUGAAGAGCUGCAACAUAAUGCUGGAUGCAGAUUUCAAUGCAAAGCUUGGUGAUUUUGGGCUUGCGGAAGUGUAUGAGCACAGUUGUAGCAGGAGGGAGGCUACAAUACCAGCAGGGACAAUGGGGUAUCUUGCUCCUGAGUAUGUUUAUUCUGGUGUUCCUACUGUGAAGAGUGAUGUGUACAGCUUUGGGGUGGUGGUGUUGGAAGUGGGAAGUGGGAGGAAGCCUGUGGAAGAUGAUGGCAGUGUGGUGGUAGACUAUGUGUGGAGCUUGUGGGAAAAGGGGAAACUGAUUGAGGGUGCUGAUCCAAGAUUGAUGGGGAAAUUUGAUGCAGUAGAUAUGGAAAGGAUGCUAUUGGUGGGGCUUCUAUGUGUGCAUCCUGAUCAUGAGAAGAGGCCAACAGUAAGAGAAGCAGCAAGAAUCCUUAACAAGGAAGCACCGCUUCCUGUUUUGCCUCCCGUUAAACCAAGGCUCAGAAUUAGGCCUAUUUCUCCUCAAACACACCAUGUUCUUGGAGAUUGCCUCGGCACAGAUGAGCCUCCUUAUUUCACCCCCAGAAGCCACUUUUACUAGGAUUUUCAA